AUGUGUGCCAAAAUACUACUGGCGUUUGAUCUGUAUGGCACAUUGCUGUCCACGGAAUCGAUUCAAAGUCAUCUGCAGAUACAUUUCGAGCCAGAAAUUGCAAGGGCAAUUUCGGAAAAAUGGAGACGUUUCCAAUUGGAAUAUACUUGGAGGCUGAAUAGCAUGUCACGUUACGAAGAUUUCACCGAGGUCACUCGGAAUUCCUUGUUGCAUGCACUUGCGGAGAACGGUCAAUCGCUUGAUGACGCGAGUAUAUCACAGUUGAUGACGGCUUAUGAUAAUCUGUCUGCUUUCCCUGAUGUCGCGCCAGCGUUGGACAAACUGAGCCAGGAAAGCCUUUUCAAGCCGGUUAUCUUCUCCAAUGGUAGUAAUGUAAUGGUGUCGAAUUCGGUGAAUCGUUGCCUCUCGCAGCAUGCCAGCAUUUUUCACGGGCUUCUCACGGCAGACGACAUACAACGUUACAAACCCUCUCGACUAUUCUAUCAGCGUCUAGCUGAGCAAUUCGGCAAGGGACUUGCAAACGAAGAUAUAUGGAUUAUCAGCGCUAAUCCGUUCGAUAUUGUCGGAUCACGCAACAUGGGCAUGCGUGCGGUUUGGGUCGAUCGAGCAGGCUCAGGCUGGAAAGACGCUGUGAUCCCGGAUCUGAAGCCCACACUGGUCGUUCAUAGUCUCCAAGAUGUUACCGACAAGAUCCAAGCCUAUAUCAAGUGA